CAAGAAUCAACGGGAUAACGUGCGUAAUAAAUAAUGAAUUCGGCGAAGGGGGCUGCAGUCGAAAUGCUGAUGUCAGGGAUUCGGUGCAGCAUUCCGUGGUGCAGGGUUUAAGAGUAGCAGCCUUGUCCGGCGUUCUUAUUAUACCCAUGUGAGCCGGGCAGCCGAGAUGUUGUCUAUCGCUAUGCAUUGUACGAUACUAUGUUUAAUUGUUUUAUGUUUGGCUACACCGGUUAAUCUCAGAAGGGUUUUCAGAUGUCCUUCUGCGUGUACUUGCUCCAAGGAGUCGAUUAUUUGUGUCGGUACUUCGUCUGUCCCACGGAUUACACCUAACGACAUCAAUUCACUGAGCAUUGUAAAUGGGACAUUUUCAGAAAUAAAGGAGGCUAUGUUCUCACACAUGCCUUCUUUACAAUUGCUGCUUCUUAAUUCAAAUUCAUUGACAACCAUAAAGGACGAUGCCUUCUCUGGCCUCCCGCACCUUGAGUAUCUAUUCAUAGAGAGUAACAAGAUAGAGACAACAUCCAGAUAUGCUUUCAGAGGUCUCCGGGACCUGACCCACCUGUCUUUGGCAAACAACCACAUUAAGGCUUUGCCAAGGGAUCUCUUCAUCGAUUUGGACUCUUUGAUUGAGCUUGACCUGCGGGGGAACAUGUUUGAGUGCGACUGCCGGGCCAAGUGGCUGAUGACGUGGCUGAAAAGCACCAACGCCACAGUGUCGGAUGUGGUCUGCGCCGGCCCCGAGGACAUGAAGGGCAAACGCCUCAACGACCUCGCCAGCCUGCGCAACGAGUGCAUAUCCACAGACUUUGUCCUCCAUCAGUCAGUGGCCACAGAAUCUCUAUCAGUGGACACCUUCUCCUAUAAGAAUGACGUCUACGUGGCCAUUGCGGCCCCCACCACAGAGAGCUGCAUGGUCAUGGAGUGGGACCACAUUGAAAUGACCUUCAGGAGUUAUGACAACAUCACUGGACAGUCAAUCAUUGGAUGCAAGUCUGUCAUCAUUGACAACCAGGUUUUUGUCAUUGUGGCCCAGCUAUUUGGAGGCUCACACAUCUACAAGUUUGACGAAGACCAGAGCAAGUUCACCAAGUUUCAAGAUAUUGAGGUGACCAAGAUCUCCAAGCCUAAUGACAUCGAAGCCUUCCAGAUUGGCAACGAGUGGUUCUUUGUGAUCGCCGACAGCUCCAAGGCGGGCCUGUCCACCCUGUACAAAUGGAAUGACAAGGGAUUCUACUCCUACCAGUCCCUCCAUGAGUGGUUCCGGGACACGGAUGCGGAGUUCAUCGACUUGGACGGGAAGGCCCACCUCAUCCUAGCCAGCCGCUCACAGGUCCCGGUCAUCUACCAGUGGGAUAAGAGCUCUCAGAAGUUUUUACAGCAUGGCGACAUCCCUAACAUGGAGGACGUGGUGGCUGUCAAAGCCUUCCACAUCAAAGAGGAGCUCUACCUGGCCAUGACCCGCUACAUCGGCGACUCCAAGGUCCUGAAGUGGACCAGCAAGCAGAUAAUGGAGGUACAGGCCCUGCCCUCGCGUGGCUCAAUGAUCAUGCAGCCCUUCUCCUUCAAAGACAGACACUACCUUGCCCUGGGCAGCGACUACACCUUCUCCCAUAUGUACCUGUGGAACGAGGAGAAGAAACUCUUCGAGAGGUUCAAGGAGGUCUACAUCCAGGCACCGCGGUCUUUCACCGUGGUGUCCACGGAUCGCCGGAAUUUCCUCUUCUCCUCCAGUUUCAAAGGCAACACUCAGAUCUUUGAGCACAUCAUCAUUGAUCUCAGCUUGUGAAUGUCAGUCAGUGCCCAGGGCUUGCCCAAGUCCAACCUCUUCCUCUGUCAGAGAUUUAAGGGAAGGAGGGAGGGAGAGAGAGUCAAAGGGACAGAGAGGAUUCAUGUGUUAUCAGGUUUGAAUUCAUACUUUGCAUUUCCUGCAUUUGUAUAAAAGUUUUCAAAUAAAAAUAUCUCUUGCAGCACUCUUUUAAAUGUUUAUAUGCACAGGUAUUUACAAACAGCAGUUACUUCACCAUUAUCAUAGAGAUAAAAAGAUGCGUUACCGAUACAUUAAAAGUAUCGGUAAAGCCAAUUUCAACUUAGCUAAGAUUUUUUUUUAAUUAAAUUUUUGUCCAUGUGACUUCAGUUGCCAAAUAUUCAAUGGAGAGAAGAAUUGCCUUACCUGUUCAAAAGCUGUGAGUUUAAGUCCUUUAGCAUCCACUGUCAUUGUCCUUGCUCAUGACUGUCACCAGUAAUAUUCUCUCUAGAGGUGUACUGUAAGAGCUCCAUUUUGAAUGCAGAACCUUUGAAAGCACAAAUUCCCAGACAAGACCACACAAAUGGAUUCAAAUAACCCUUUACCUCAAAUGGUCAAGACAUAUUGUGGUCUUUUCUGUCUGUCUUGUAUUCAGUGUUUGAUAACCUUUGCAGUGUUGCCAGUAGGUCCCAAGAGUGUUCUUGGCAUUUUUGGGCUGUCUAUCAGCCAGUUCAUUAAAUGAACAGACUGAUUCUAGCUAACUUGCUUCAUAUCUUAUUACAUGGUGGGAUGUUUCCUAGAUUUUCUCUAUCCUCUAAUGCAUUUCUAAUGCAUUUUCUACUUAACUUUUAGUCGUAAAUUCAAGUUGUGCUGUACUUUCUAGAUUUUAGUGGAGUUCUUUUGUUACUGAACUCAUAAUAUGGGGACUUCUGCUUGCUCAGUUUCAUUACUCAUCAUGGACAAUUUGUUUUAUGUACAGAUUGAACCAGGGUCUGUAUCUCUGUCUAGUUUGUUUUGAUACCAAAGCUUCAUUUACCUUUAUAAACAGUCUCAAAUAUAGUGUUCAAUAUUGCGUUGUGAACUAUUUUUCAUUCAAGUCUUUACAGUCUAUAGAGACAAUGAGCACGACACAAAUCCCAAUCAGUUUAUCUUUCUAUCUGAGUAAAAUAAAUGUUGGGACAGUUGGGAAAGUGGAGCAUGGUUUGUGCAGGGAGUUUAAACCAGGGAUGAAGGAAAGUUUUACAAGACAAGCGCUUUGUAAAUGUGUAGUUUUUGAUCAACGGACAGAAAGAGAUGGAGCGAUUCUUUGUCCCGCUCAGCGUCCUAACAAAGCCUGUUUUUUCAGCCAGCGUUCACCCGGGCCGCGUGUCUGAGGAUGAUAAACUGCACCCUUUGUGGUAGCUGUCCAGAUUACAGACUGCUAGACACGUAGAGUUCUCUCUUUUGCCAUCCCCUCUCCGUGCAUCACUUUAAUACAGGCAGGAUUGUUUUCGCUUGCCAGUUUGGCAGACCUCACCAUAAACUGCAAAUUGUUGUGUUUACUGCCAGCUAAAAUGAUUGAAGUAAAUAACAUUUCAUAUGUGGCCUCCCGUUUGGCCUAAAAAGGAAAGGGUUUAAAAGGACCAGCCCCUUUUGGGCAUUUCAAUUAAUGAAGAACAGAAAGUAGAGGUAUGCUCUGUACCUUCCAGUAUCUUGUCUCUGUUGGCGUUGUUUUGUAUGUGUUUAAAUGGGGUGGGGGACGCAUUGUGAGAUUUUUAAAUUGUGUAGGACAUUGUACUCCUAAGGUUGUGGUCCAGUUCUGCCAAGUGUCCCAUUGUGCUGUAUCAGCUGCCCUGUUCUCAGUUAUUGUAUUACAAUAACUGAGAACACGUGUCUCAGUACUGGUAUGGGUUGUCAUAGCAUCAGAGCAAAUUUUUCUUGAAAAAUGUCAUUCCAGAACAAACAACAGAAGUUGAAUUUGCCUGGGUGAAUAUGUGUGUGGAAUAUGUUCUGUCACAGUCAUAUAAAUCAUUUAUUUCCUUUGUGUGAUACAAUAAUGUAAUGGCGUAACAUAUUCCAUAUUUUAACACAGGUGUUAACUAUUAAGAAACGAAUAUAUCUGUUUUCGGUGUCAUUCCACUUAGAAUGGCACAGAAUUGGUUUGCACAUAACCCAAAAAUACUAAUGCUGCCCAUGGGAGCAUGCCGUUCAAGAAUGAAUGUUUAGUGCAUUCUUAUCUGAUUAACUUUAAAUCUUGGAAAAAUCUUAACUGCAUCUACAGUAGUACUACUAUUACUCAUGGAAUUCCUUUGGCAUUAUGUCCUAUGGUACCACUUAAUCAGAUAUGCAAGCUAUAUGACAUGUAAUUGUUUUGUAUCAGGAUAGAAAUUUGGUUUUAAGCUUAUUGAAUGUUAUCCAUAUUAUUAUGACUAUUCUGGAAACUCAAAAUAAAAAUG